AGGAGGCGGUCUGGUUGCUUCAGUUUUUCUCGGCUGUUUCUGCCUGUGUAUGUUCCAGUAACGAAAGAGAGUGAGAGAUACGGGGUACUUAACAUCAGGGUUAACAACGGAGAAUUUUAGCACGGACAACCACUUACCCCGAUACUGACAGUGCCAAGAUGUCCAGUGAAGUGCAAAGACCUGACGACAGCCCCAGUACAAGUGGGGGGAGCUCUGAUCUAGAUCAGCGGGAAAGUGUUCAACAAGAACAAGAAAGAGAACAAACGCAGCCGAAGAAAAAAGAGACAAAAAUCUCAAGCAAAACAGCUGCAAAGCUUUCAACAAGCGCUAAAAGGAUUCAAAAAGAGCUAGCAGAAAUAACAUUGGACCCUCCUCCUAAUUGCAGUGCUGGUCCUAAGGGAGAUAACAUUUAUGAAUGGAGGUCGACAAUCCUGGGACCCCCUGGGUCAGUGUAUGAGGGAGGUGUCUUCUUCCUGGACAUCACAUUCACACCUGAUUACCCUUUCAAACCACCCAAGGUGACUUUCCGGACAAGAAUCUACCACUGUAAUAUUAACAGCCAGGGAGUGAUCUGCCUGGAUAUCCUAAAAGACAACUGGAGCCCAGCACUGACCAUCUCCAAGGUUCUCUUAUCUAUCUGCUCGCUCCUUACAGACUGUAACCCUGCUGAUCCACUCGUCGGAAGCAUUGCCACGCAGUAUCUCACUAACAGAGCAGAGCAUGACAGAAUAGCCAGGCAGUGGACCAAGAGAUAUGCCACAUAAGAAUCCACUACGAAACAUCCCUUAACUGUAAAAGCACAUUCACCAAGUGCAACCGUAAACCAUCCCUUUCCCUUGUACCUUUUUGUUUACUUUUUUGUGGAAAAAAAAACUGUCCUUUUGUUCCUUGCUGAC